AAUCUUAAUAUAGAAAAGAAAGAAACUUCAGAAGUGCAUAUGCAAUGCAGUAUAUUUUUUUUUUUUACUUGUAAAUAUCUAUCUCAUUUUAAUUGUAUAUUAUGUUUAAACAAAUCAAGAAAACAACAUAUCUACAUAAUAUAUUUUUUCGUAACUUUACAAACAAAAGUCGAGCAUCGGCAUGCUGAAAUACCAUGGCAAUGGGCUAUUUACAGACAGUUUAUAAAACCAGGAUAUUACGUAGGAACAGCGUUGGUAAAGCGAUAAAAGAUAUGUGUGUCAAAGGUCAUACUGGAACGUAUAAACAACUUCAGUUGAGCUAUUGUGAACAUUGUGAUAUAUAUGUUUAAUCGGUAAUUGUGAACAGGUUGCCCACAAUGUACUUUUGCUUGCAAAAAAUAACCAUGUUCUUUUCUAUUUCUGCAAUAAUUAUUCUAAGUUCCUACACACACCUAUGUGAAUGUGAUAACUUGUCUCUAGAGCAAAUAUACAAAAAAGGAUUACAAGCUUAUUCACGGCAAGAUUGGACAGAAUGUGUUGUCCAAUUUGAAGAAGCAAUAACAUUAUAUAAAUUGUACAAGACUAUAAUCAUUAAUUGUAGACACAAGUGUAAAUCAAAAUGGUCGACAUUUGAAAAUAUUAUAACGGAUGAUUUUGAGGACUUGAAACAAUAUGAACGUUUAUUUCAUAUCAGUAGUUGUUUAAUGGUAUGCCAAGAAACUGAAUUUAAUAGAGUUUCUCUGAAGAAUAAUGUUCCAGAUUCCUUACUAUCAAAAAUUAUAGACCUGCAACCAUAUGAAUACCUUCAAGUAUGUUACUAUCAAACAAAUCAUCUCCAGAAAGCAGCUUCUGCAGCAGCUACUUAUUUAGUUGUUCAUCCUGAUGACAGCAUUAUGAAAUCAAACUUACAACAGUACAUAAGACUUGCUAAGCUAAGCCCAGAUGACAUUGUUAAUUUAGAAGCUGAUAAAUAUACAUCAUUGUAUGAUCUUGCCACAAAGGCCUAUUCAAACAAAGAUUGGAGGGAGACUGUUGAUCUAAUGGAAAAUGCUAUAAAAAAGUAUUUAUCUUCAGAAGAAAGUUGUCGAAUGGCUUGUGAACAAUUGCCAGAACAAGAAUGGUCCUCUGAAUUAAUGGUAACACUCUCUAACGCAAUAGCAUCUUUGUUGGAUUGUCAACAACAAUGUCAGACAAGACUUAAAUCAAUCGGCUACAAUUCUGGUAUAGAUUUUUUAUCAGAAGCUCUUAACUACUUGCAAAUAUCUUAUUAUAAUUUGAAUCUGAUUGAAGAUGCUGCUAAAGCUACUGCAAGUGCUCUUCUUUUAAAACCGGGUGAUGAAAUUAUGUUAGAAAACAAAGAAAUUUAUAGCACUCUUACUGAGCCAAGCUCAUUUGUUGAGCGUAGUGAUAUGCAAUUUUACUUAAAACGUGAUAAUUAUGAAAAGGAACUGUUGGAGCUUUAUCUUCAUGAAAAUCCUAAUUUUUACAGUACUGAGACACAAUAAAAACAAUGCAGCCAGGGCACUAUUGCAUUAUGGCAUAGCAUGCCAAAAAGCAGAAUCUCUGCCUUAUCCGAAAUUUUGCUUGCCUUCUGAGUAUAGUUGGCCCUUUAGUCAUUUAUCAUUUCCUUGUUUUCAACUAUCUUGGAUAUAGGUAAAAUUGUAUAAGGUAAAUUGAUAAAAUUCCAGGCUUGUCAAAGUUAAGCUAGUUCUGUUAAAAAAUUUGUUAAAGCUAACUGUCUAAUCUCUGUGAUAUAAAACAGUUGUUGAUAAGAGAUUUGUUUAGCCACAAACAAAAUGAUGACUUAUUGGUAAAUUUUGUUGGCAGUCAUGAAUUGUAACUAUUAUUUGUAACUAACUGUUAUUAAAGGGCAGAAAAGUAAUUAGUUGUAAGAUUAUUAUUACCCAAUGGGUUGUAAGUAUAACUGAUUCUGGACAAACAUUAUGUGCCAUAUUUUUUUAAUAUUUGUUUGUAUGAAAUGAUUUAUUUAAUAAAAUUGUAAGUUCUUCACUA